AUGAGCAACAUGAGAGUCAAGGAUAUCAGACCGGCACCUGCCGAAAUUGAAUACAAAAAUAUGAAAUUCCUUAUUACUGAUCGGCCCAAUGAUCAGACUAUUCUUACCUUUAUUCAAGAACUGAAGAAGCACAAUGUAAAGGAGGUAGUGAGGGUCUGUGAACCAACGUACAAAGUCGAAGAGCUUAAAUCUGAAGGAAUAAAUGUUUUGGAUCUGGUUUUUGAUGAUGGCACAUUCCCACCAAAUGAGGUGGUUGACGAGUGGUUCGAAUUAUUAAAAAACCGAUUCCGAGAGACACCCGAUGCAUGUGUAGCGGUACACUGCGUCGCUGGACUGGGUCGAGCGCCUGUGUUAGUAGCACUUGCUCUAAUUGAACUUGGACUCAAGUACGAGGAUGCCGUUGCUCUUAUCAGAGAGAAGAGACGAGGCGCUAUCAAUUCAAAGCAAUUAUCUUACUUGGAAAAAUAUCGUCCCAAGUCUCGACUCAAACUCAAGAACGGCCAGAAGAAUUCGUGCUGCGUCCAGUAG